GCCCUGGCUUGGCAGAUGUUGCCUCGACUGACGUAGGACCCAAGUCGCUUGGGCCGAGGAUGAGCAAACCGACAGACCUGCAGCACGCCCUGGAACGGAGCCUCCCAGCCAUAGCGUCCAUCAGCACCUCGUUCUCCCAGAGCCAGGGCUUCUCCCCGUAUUGCUACUUCUCUCGGGAGAAGAGGAAAGCCAUCUCGGACGUGAGGAGGACCUUCUGCCUCUUUGUCACCUUCGACCUGCUCUUCAUCUCCUUGUUGUGGAUCAUCGAGUUGAACACCAAGGAUGGCAUUCAGAAGAACUUGGAGAACGAAAUCUUCAAGUACGACUUUAAGACCUCUUUCUUUGACAUAUUUGUCUUGGCUUUCUUCCGGUUUUUUGUGCUGCUGCUGGCCUACGCCGUCGUAAAGCUGCGCCACUGGUGGGUCAUAGCGGUCACUACGUUGGUAUCCAGUGCCUUCCUGAUCGUGAAGGUCAUCCUCUCCAAGCUUCUGACCAAAGGGGCUUUCGGCUACUUACUCCCCAUCGUCUCGUUUGUCAUUGCUUGGCUAGAGACUUGGUUCCUGGAUUUUAAAGUCCUAACUCAGGAAGCAGAAGAGGAACGAUGGUACCUGGCGGCCCAGGCUGCGGCCUCUCGCGGCCCCCUGCUCUACCCCAGAGCCCUUUCCGAGGGGCAGUUCUACUCCCCGCCCGAGUCCUUCGCAG